GGGGGGAAGGGCCGCUAGCAGGCUGAGGAGCCUAGGGGCGGGGUGGGAAGGAGGAUCGGCCAACCCCGGGGUGUGGGACUGAGGGUGCGUGCGUGAGGAGUGUGGGGCCGACCAGGAAGGUGGCGAAGGGCGGAGAGUCCGGGUGGGAGGCGGGAGGGGUCUCGCGGGCGCGGAGCGCGGCGGGUGGCGGGCCGGGAGCGAGGGUGGCGGCUCCCUCAGGACCCGGCGCGGGCGGCGCGAUGCGGCGGGUCACGCUGUUCUUGAACGGCAGCCCGAGGAACGGCAAGGUGGUUGCUGUAUACGGAACUUUGUCUGACUUGCUCUCAGUAGCCAGCAGUAAACUCGGCAUAAAAGCCACCAGUGUAUAUAAUGGAAAAGGCGGACUGAUUGAUGAUAUUGCUUUGAUCAGGGAUGAUGAUGUGUUGUUUGUGUGUGAAGGAGAACCAUUUAUUGAUCCUCAGACAGAUACUAGACCACCUGGAGGAUUGCUAGGAUCCCACACAGACUGGCUCACAUUAAAUGUAGGAGGACGAUACUUCACAACAACAAGCAUCACCCUACCAGGUUGUAGCAUGCAUCUCUUUGAGAGAACAGCUGAACUCAAGUGUACUCUUGACUUAAAUAUGUUUGUUUGUAAAGACACAUGAAGAAAUCAAUUUUUUUCCCUGAAUUCUUAGGAGCACUUUAGUGAAUAAAGAGCCUGACAGUAUGCUGGCGCACAUGUUCAAGGACAAAGGUGUCUGGGGAAAUAAGCAAGAUCAUAGAGGAGCAUUCUUAAUUGACCGAAGUCCUGAGUACUUUGAACCUAUUUUGAACUACUUACGUCAUGGACAGCUCAUUGUCAAUGAUGGCAUUAACUUAUUGGGUGUGCUAGAAGAAGCCAGGUUUUUUGGUAUUGACUCACUGAUUGAACACCUAGAAGUGGCCAUAAAGAAUUCCCAACCACCAGAGGAUCAUUCACCAAUAUCCCGGAAGGAAUUUGUUCGAUUUCUGCUGGCCACUCCGACCAAGUCAGAGCUGCGCUGCCAGGGUUUAAACUUCAGUGGUGCUGAUCUUUCCCGUUUGGACCUUCGAUACAUUAACUUCAAAAUGGCCAAUUUAAGCCGCUGCAACCUCGCACAUGCAAAUCUCUGCUGUGCUAAUCUUGAACGAGCUGAUCUUUCUGGAUCAGUGCUCGACUGUGCAAAUCUCCAGGGAGUCAAGAUGCUCUGCUCAAACGCAGAAGGCGCAUCCCUGAGGCUCUGUAAUUUUGAGGAUCCUUCGGGUCUUAAAGCCAACUUAGAGGGUGCUAAUCUGAAAGGUGUGGACAUGGAAGGAAGCCAGAUGACAGGGAUUAACCUCAGAGUUGCCACCUUAAAAAAUGCAAAACUGAAGAACUGUAAUCUCAGAGGAGCAACUCUGGCAGGAACCGAUUUAGAAAACUGUGAUUUGUCGGGGUGUGACCUCCAGGAAGCCAACCUGAGAGGCUCCAAUGUGAAGGGUGCCAUAUUUGAAGAGAUGCUGACACCAUUACAUAUGUCCCAGAGUGUCAGAUGAGAGUGGCAGGAGCUGGAGGAAGAUGUCCCAGAUGGAAGCGAUUCCUUAUUUUAUUUCUCCAUCCAUCCAUCAAGUUGUCUAGUGGAGAUAAAAUUGUAAGGGAAUUUAAGGCAUAUGCUUGUUCCCAGAGGUGCAUAAGGGGAGAUAAUUGACUUUCCCCUCAUUGGGACAGUAACAGAAGGACACUCUGUUCAUAGAUGUAGGGGCAGUAGAUCAUGCUGCUGCAUUUUGAGUGGAGUUGGGGCAUUUGUCUGGUUUCUGACCAGGAGUAGUAGCUAUCAUAUUUGCUUUUAUUUAGGCAUUGUGUGGAAGUACCAUCUUGGUUUAAGAUGCAUUUGAAAUCUUAAUUUAUGAAAAGCACAACAUAUGCAAAUAUAUUUAUUGAAUACCUAGAUGCAGUAAGGAUGUUUAAGUUGUUAAAUGUCUUGAAGACUCUGAAGAGUUGUUGAGGUUUAUAAAUAGCUUUAGUGAUGCCUUCCUCUUCACACACCUAUCUAUCACAUGAGGGUGGUCAGUUUACGACUCCCUGUGGCUCUUCUGAGACUCAUUUCUAUAAUGUUUACUUUUAAAGAAGAAAACAGCUAAAUUUGAGUCAUAAUCUGUUCUCACAUUUUGAGACACGGUGGAAGGAAAGCUCUUGCGUAUCCUUGUGCGGAAGAAGGAAGGACUCACCAGUGCUGCAGCUGUCUAGUGAGCACGCUUCUGCUUCAUUGUAGGCAAGUUCCAUUCUGCACGAGACUAGGCUACUCUUUCCCUUCACUAGUCCAGUUCUCAUGCUCAGUUGUCACAAGCACAGGAAGAAACUUCAGAACCAAAACACAAGCUUUAUCCUGAUCAUAGUUCAUGUAAUGCCAAUUAGUUCAUAUACAACCAGCUUAGAAUAGACUUUCAAUCUGAAUCUACUGCAGGUGGAGUAUGAAUAAAUCCUGCAGUCGCCUACAAGAAGGCAACAUCAGAUAAUUAUAGCUGAAACCCUGCAGUGGGGACUAAGAAAUUCUAAACUGAUGGCUUGAUCAUAGCCACCAGGAAAGGUUGAUGAACAAAGGAAGCAUUUGGCUAGGACACGAUGCUCUAUGUCAGUACCUGUGGCUCUUUUUUUUCUUUAAAUAUUUUUUGUUGUUUGUCUUGUUUUUCAAUGAAAUUUUAGUCCGGUUUUCUUGAGUCAUUAUCUGUGAACACAGUAGUAGGGCCUUUACCUCCCUGGUAGGUGUCGCAGUGUCCUUAUGUGUUGCCCAAAAGCAGGGAAGAAGCUGUGUCCAAAUGGGUUCUAAAUCCUACAGGCUGGUCGGCUUGAGGCAGUGAAUCAUUACAGACGCCCCAGUCUCCUUCAGGAGAGUGGCAUGUCUUCAUUAUUCUGUAGAGGAUUCUUAUAUCUACAUAUGCAAAGCUUUCCUUCACAGUAAAGGGCUUACACGGGGAGGAGAGGGCUCCUUUACAGGGAAAGGAAAGCAAUUUCGAAAAUGAAUUAUUUUCUUUGUGUUAUUAUUUUUACCAAGACAGAGAAGUAUUGUAUUGAGAGAUACCUAUUUUCAUAAUCAAUAUGUGCCUAAAUUCUAUUUAACUCAUUUCACUGCACUCUAUUUUCAAUAAUUAUAGACUGUAUUCAUUCACUGAGUGGUCCUCUGCAGACAGAUCUGAGGCUGCAGAAGGAGCUGAAAGAUGGAAACACAGUGUGUGUGGGAACUGCGGGGUUCAGAGCUGAUGGAAACCACAUUAAUAAAUGACCAGUGUGGAACGCUGACGGCCUGUUUCUGCUCUUGCUUUCCUAAGACAGCACUUUCUACAUUUCCCACAGUUCUUCAUGAUGGUGCCAUGUAGGAGUGGACCACACAGCGCUGUGCUCUUAACGGAUUAGGUUUCCUGAAAAAGCCAUUAAAGCACAUUUACUUGU